GAUCACGAGAUUUAAGGUAGGGGAUUCAUUUCGUCGACAAUCCCUCCUCUACGAAUACUAUCGCAAAACUUUCUCACUUCUUCGUUAGAUCUUGUCAUCUUCCACCGCAACGAAGUUACUAUUUCACCAUUUCUCUCGCCUAAGAAACGUAAAAUGGCGCAAGAAUUGAUGUGGAAAUUACGUCAUAUGCACAAUUGAUCACCACCCUUCCAUUCUCUAACGAAGUUUACUGCGCCAAUUGCCGGUCUACUUCAAUCGUGCGACUUUUCGGUAGACCACACUCAACAUUAUUUAUAAUUCAUUAUUAGGGAGAGCAAGCGUUUGACAUCCUUCAUUAACUCGAGAGCUCUAAAAUUCUACUCCACCGGCGGAAGGAAAUUCGGUGGUUGCGUAAAUCUUGAUCCAGUCUGAGGGAGACCGGUUUAUCAGAUUUACCGGCUGAACUGGAUUCAUUGUCGAUUCACGUGCAGAUUUGUUAAAUAUAGAAACUACUAUUCUGAAGCCAAAAUAGUUACCAGUGAACACGAAACGUUGAUUGCAGGGUAUUCACUUUUCACAAGGAGUCCUAAGAAUUCGUGAGCCCAAAGAAUAUGACCCACAGCCUCGAUUUGUCGGAACAACAAGCCCUUCUUGACAAAAGGAACCUACAAGGAAGUCGUUAUGAAAGCCCAUACUACAGUGGUAGUGAAGUAACUAUGCUUAAUCAGCCAGGUGCAACAAGUGAUUUAGACACUACCUCCAGUGCUGGUGUGUUUAAAUCUCGUUCAGUGAUCCAACGACCGGGUGAGAAUCAUUACGCGGAGGGUUUACCUAUUUGGAGAGCAGCUCUUUUGGUGGUAAAUUCAGCUCUUGGUGCUGGAAUUUUGAAUUUUCCCCAAGCAUAUGCGCAAUGUGGAGGCAUUACAACCGCUCUUACUGCUCAAAUGGUGGGUAUUAUGUCAUUAGUAAGAAAAAGAAACGACUUAAUCACAUAUGAAGACCCAUGAACUAGACCUUCUUGGUGCAGGGUUAUUGGUUAAAUUUCCGCACAGCCCCAUACUACAUUAUGCAUUCAGUUCUUGAAAAGAAAAAACAAAUUUUGUUUUACAAUAGUAUGGGGAAGAUUAUCUCUGAUUUAUUUCUCGAAGGGAAAUAUAUUUUUCCUUCGUCCCACACGAUUUUUUUUCAAGGUAAUUAAGCUCAAAAGUUAUCAUCUUCCCUAUAGUAUUGCCGCAAACAGUGCUUUCUAAAGUGCUAAUCCGGUGUGUGUUUUACAUAUGAACCCAAAAUUGGCCUAGCCCAACAUGAAGGUUCUUUGUAACUCAGAGGGUAGGAUCUGAUGGCUUAGGGUUCUAUUCCUGUGUGAAACUCAAAUUUUUGCUAAUUUCCAUUUAAGAGACGUGACACACAACAUCUUCCCAUAUUAUCACUGUUGUUGCGGUAGCCGGCCCUGGCAGCUAGUUUUAGUUAUACCAAGGUCAGAAUAAGAUGACAAGUAAAUGCCCUGUGGACUUUUGUUAACCCUUUACUCCCUAACAUUAGUAUAUAUAUUCUCCAUACUGUUCUCCAUACAUUUCCUAAGGUACUGGCUGGGAGAAUUUGUUAAACAAUCAAGAGUUUCUUCAGUUGGUGAUCAUUUCCUUAUAUUCUCAUUAUCUUAAAAUGUGAUUCAUGGUUGAUAUUAAAAGAGAAAUUAGAUGCUAGUUACUCUUAAGAGCCAAGCUGUUCAAUUUCCUUUCAGUUUGUAAAUUUCUAAUUGAUGGUGAACCAGAAUUUUUGUAAUACAACAUUUAUUUUUUUAUCUUUCGCAGUCUUUAUUGGUAUUUAUUACUGGAGCAUUCCUGAUCCUAGCAUAUUGUGCCGAAAAUCAUGGCUCCCAGAAUUUUCAAGAGAUAAUCCGUGAAGUACUUGGUCCAGGGGCAUACAUUUUAACACAGAUAGUCAUUAUGUUAUACAUGUAUGGUUCUACUGUGGCAUAUAUGAUUUUGAUUGGUGAUCAACUGGAGAAGGGCAAGUAAAGUGAUAUGUCACCUCCGAGUUAUAAUUGAUUUCCUCUUUUUAUGGUUGUCAUGGCCUUAAGCAUGGUUUUUAUCCUCUCACCAGACAUCUAACAAAAUUGUUCGGUGAUCUGAUCAUAACUCUGGGCACAAGUACACGCUUAUUUUUACUAGGAAAUGUUUUUGUGGUGGGAGACAUGGACACCAGGCUGAAAACAGUUAAUGCAUUGUGUUGAGAUGUUGGUUCUCAGGACCUUAUUUAUAAGAUUUGGUCAAAAUCCUAGCCUACCAAAAGCAACUUUUAUUGGCACCAGUUAUUUAAAAAAGGUUUCUAUGGAGACCCAAACUUAUUGUACAACAUGCAGCAAACUUCACACAAGUUUUACCACUUUAGUUACAAACGUACCCAAUACAGAUAUUCUACAUAUCUACCAGAAAAUACGUAUGUGUACUUUAAUCAAUUCUUACAGAAGUUGAGUUUUUCUCAAGACAAAACCCCUUUUAUUUAGUGGUAUAAUGUACAGCAUGCAGGAUAGAGCAUGCUCUAUAGAGCUUAAUGAUACACUUUCUAUUCGAUGUUUAUAGUUGGAGAAGCUAUUGACUCUACUCCCGGCUGGUAUUUAAGUCGCGAAUUUCUCAUGUGUGCGAUGUGCAUUCUCUUUCUCUUACCACUGUGUCUUCCAAAAACUUUGAAAGUUCUUAGUUAUUCAAGGUGUGUUGAUUAUAACAAUCAUGACCCAGUUGUUCUAAGGGUGGAUAACACUAUCUGAGGGAUAAAUCAUUCUCCAGUAUAUGUGGUGGGAGACAAGGACACCAGGCUAGAGAUUUGUCCUGUGUAUAGCUUUAUGCACACUUUAAACAACUGGGGGCCAUGAGUUCUUCUAAAUAAAUAAUUUAUGAUCUAAGUGAACAUUGUGCCACUUGAGCCUCAGAUUUCUUGUGCUUUCUGACCUCUGGAACUUAAAGCAGUGUCCCAUUGACCACCAAAAGAACUGAGAGGCAAGAAACAUUUGUAAAAAAAUUUCUCACGUGUACAAAACUCAUGUAAAUACAAUUGUUAGGUCCAUGACCAGAAUUUUUUUUGCAUCUUUCCCUUUCACAUUUUUCACGAUUUUCCUAUCAACUCAAAUUCUGAAGCAAUAGUUUUAAGGCAUGAGACUAUACUUUUUUUUUUUUUUGCUCCUGUAAAAGUAAUAUUGACAAAUUGUCAAAAUGCUUUAGAGCUUCACUUGAACUUAGCAAGUUUGCUUUCAAUCAGUUGUGAGCUUACAAUAUGUAGUAUGAUUCAGUGGUAUUAUUUGUUCACAUUUUUUACUGACCUGUUGAUAAAUUAUUUUCAGUGCUCUUGGAACAGUUGGGGCACUUUUUGUUUGCAUAGUAACUGCAAUAAAAUACUUUGAUGGGCAUCACAUUGAUAGUAAAGACUAUGUAGAGUAAGUACCCCUAAGAAGAGCAAUUCUCAAUUGCAUGUCAAAAGUAAACCAAGAGUAUUUUGUCUUUUUUUCAUUAAUGUGAUUUAGCCUGAGAUUGGUCUACAAAACACUGUCCAUCCCUAUAACCAAUCAGAUGUAAAAUGAAUGCUCAGAUUCUCCUGCAUUUUUUAAGGUUUGCCUGUUUUAAUUUAACCCCUCAACUCCCAGAUCAAAUUUGUUACCAUCAAUCAUACAAUUCUUAUAAUGUUAGUUCAGAGAAUUUAGUAUUGAAUCAACUAAUUAUCACCAAAUUGAUCUUUUCUUUAUUCUCAUCACUUAUCUGGUUGAUAUUGUAUUGAUAUUGUAAGGAGAAAUUCUGUCUUGGUCACUUAUGGGAAUUAAAGGGUUAAGUGCUCAUUGGCUAAUGAUAAUGUAAACCUUUGUUAUGAUUAGUUAGUUUUGGAUUUUCAAUAGUUGAUUUGAAAAUUGCUCUGAUUAUUUUAACAGUUGGAUUGAUGAUGUAUACAAUCUUGGCAUGCACCUUUCCUAUAGUGGCUAAGUGUACAAUUCUGUUUUCAUUCCUUAGGAUUGAGGAAUCUUGGAAUUGGACUCAGGCUUUUGCUGCUAUUCCUAUAAUUUGCUUUGGUUUUCAGGUUUGUAUCAUUUUUAUUUUUGAUUUGGUGUAUAUACAUAUUCAAAUAUACAUUGAUUGUUUAUGGGAAUUUUAUUUAAAGAAAUUUGUGCAUCACAAUCUUAUUGAAAUAAUUGUAUGAAAAAUCUGAGAAGGAGCAAGAUGUCCUCCAAACAUUUAAAUCACACAAUACCUUAGGAAAGAUACUAAAUGUUGUUCAAUGGACAAAAUGAUUAGGGACAUUAGAAAUUCUCUUUGGAACACAAUAGCUAAACUCUGUCCAAUUAUCAUGACCCGAAAGAAACAGAGAAAGAAAGGGUAACUAAUCUUUGCUUGAUAUUACAUAAUUUAGUUGUAGUACUCACCACACAAAAAGCUUUUUGCUAACUUGGUCUUUUUUGUGUUUCAGUGUCAUGUCCCUUCAGUGGCUGUCUAUGCAGAACUAAAAAGAGCAAGUGUACCCAGAUUUGGCAUUGUUGUUGUCAUAGCAAUGGCAAUUUGUACCACAGCCUAUACCAUUACGGCAUCAUUUGGCUACUUAACAUUUGGCACAUCAGUUAAAAGUGAUGUUCUUUUAAGUUACCCUUCUAACGACAUUUUGGUGAAUAUUGCAAGGGUAACAAUAUGCCUCAUAGUUUUAUCAACAGGGGCAUUUGUUGUUUUUUGUGGAAGGUGAGAUACUAAAUUCCUAAGUUUAUAGUAAUUUCAUAAUUAUUUAAAAAUAAUAGUUUUAAAAAGAAAAAUUUUAGAUAUUCUUAUUUUUGGGACUAAAAGACAUUCUGAAAAAGUUAAAACCUGAGAAUUUUUAAUGUAUCAUGGUAAUAGAGAUACCCUAUUUCCUUGAUUAACCCUUUAACUCCCAGAAGUGAUUAACAUAAAACUUCUCCCUACAAUAUCCAUACGUUCUUCGGCAAACAGGUCAUGAGAAUAUUCAAACUUAUCAGGUAGAAGCUGCUAUCUUGAUCUCACACCAAGUUCUCAUAACUAAUUUACAAGGAAAUGUGCAGCAGCCACAGGGGAGAAUUAACAAUGGGAGUUAAAGGGUUAAGUGCCCAAGCUCUAAUAAUCACCCUUCUUCAAAUAAGCACCUACCUCCUAGAUCAUAAUGUUAAACAAGGUUCCCUCUGGAGCAGGUGCCUCCCCCUCCCUCAAUAACUAACUAUAAAACUCAAUAAUGUAAAUCAAGAGGAAGUGCCUCCCCCUCCCCCUCCCCCUCCCCCUCCCCCUCUCUCCCUAACUUUCUUAAAUAAUAGAGAUGCAAGGAAAACCUUUUUAUUGUGCUACUUUAUUUCUAGCAGUUUGAACUUCAACCACAGUAGAAUCAGUACAGGAGAAUGAUAAGCGCCCCCUCAAUUAAGCAGCCUUCUUCUGAUAACUGCUCCUCCUUUUAGCCAAAAUUUUAAGUAAGCCCCUAGGCACUUACUCAAAGAGGUAUAGUAUUUAUAAAGUACAGAUUCAACAAAAUUGAUGUCGGUCAAAUUUGUUACUUACAGGAGCUGUUUGGAGGGAUUGUAUUUGGCAGCCUUCAGAAUGCCUCCAACUCUUGCUGAAAUAUAUGAAAAACGGCGAAGAAUCAUACAAACAUUAGUGUGGUUUGGGUCAGCCCUUAUUAUUGCUGUUUAUGUGAAAAACAUACAAUAUGCAAUUGCACUUAUUGGGGGACUGGCUGCACUGUUCAUUUUCUUUUACCCAGGUAAGCAAACCCUCAUAAGUUGCAAUGAUUUGGUCACCAUGGUGUCCUACAACAUUUUGACGACUAAAUUUGCAGGGCAUGGCCAAUCUGGUAAUCUGUGCUCAACAGUUUUGUUGCAAUGUCAGGACAUGAAAUUAAUUUUUUUCUUCUGAGAGCCUCUCAGCUCCUGAAUUUUCCAAAGUGGUGGCCAAUUCAAAAGCUGUUGUUCACCAUUUUUAUAGACAAACUAAACCUUUUUUUACCCUGUCAGCGUUCUUGAUAGACCCUCCGAUAUUAAGCUAGGAAAAAGAUCUUUAACGUGCAACAAAGUGGAAACUAGGUUGGAUGAUAUACAACAUUCAAGCUCACCUAAAUCCAAGAUGGUGUCUAGUUAUCAAUCGAGAUGCAUGUGCUGCGUUUUUGAAACAAACUUAACAAGGAAGUUUGCCACAGAUUCAUCUCUGCAAAUCUUUUUAAUUCACUGUAUCUCUAGGUACUUAGGUUACGAUGAAGCAUUCUAGUUGCCAAUUUGGCGACUAAUUUUCAGGAUUUGGUCGCCAAAGUAAAAAAUUGAGUCACAUUGGCGUCUGUAUUAAGCACAAUUUUACACCCUGAAUGUGUCUAUUUUUGGCUGCUUACUUUUUAUGGGCUGACAUUAGAGAGAGAGGAAAGUUUUAGUGGAUUAUUUCUCAUGUUUUGUUGCUUUCUUCUGUGAAACUUUGCCUCUUUAUAUUUAGUUGCUUGAGUAGCUGGUUGUAAGAAAUUGCAUGAAUUUCUAUAAACAAAUACGAGACAUGCUGUUUACUUUAAAAUUAUUUAUAUGGUUUAGUUGUCAUUGAAUACUGCUGGAAGAAUAUAUAUAUAUUUUUUUUUUUUUUGGUUGACCAGAAUUGGAUUUCUGGCUACUAUUCCACAUUUUGGUUUGCUAAGUGGCAACUAUGGAAAAAGGCUCUUUCAGCCCUGAUUUGUGUUAAUUGUGCACUGAAAAUAUUGUCAGUUGAAACUUAGACAACUAGUUUGUAUCUUUUACAACAAAUGGCAUGUUCUACACCAAGUCACUUAUCGUAUCCCAUCAUGGCACUUAAAAGUGACCACUAUUCCUUGGUUCGAUGACCUCAAGUUCCUGCGUUUGCGAAAAUGAGCCAGGUUUACAAAUACUACAUCACUUUUUUUUAUUUUCAGGGAUCUGUCUUGUUCAAGAGAUGGUACAAUAUCCAGUUCUUACCAUGAAAAGGAAAUUAUUGAUUCUUCUGGGUCUCUGGUAUGUGGUUGUUGGAGUGUUCUUGUUUGCAGACUCUGAAGUAUUUGCCAUAAUGCAAGACAUAAAAGGAGGAAGUUUGUAUUGAUCAUUGUGUUUAUAAUGACAGACUCAGAUGUCAGUUUCCCAUGGCAUUAAAACAGUAGUGCUGCAAACAAUGAGAGGUGCAAAUGUUGGACAAACCACUAUGGUCUGCCAUGUCAAAGACUCAAAUCAAAUUGUCAUCUAAUUCUUUUUUUCAAAAAUAAUAUUGUAUAUACUGUGAAACUCUGAAGUCUGUGACCACUGAAAAUGUUUAUGGAAUGUAAUUGCAUUUAGGAAAAACAAGCCAAUCAAAUACAAGAAAAUCUUGAUUGUACAUGAUAGCAUUAAUAUUUAUUAAUGUAUUGUAUGUAGUUUUGUUUGGAUUACUUACAUACCAUCCUGUGAUUGGUUGUAACUCAUAAAACAUUCCAGAGAUAUUUCAGGUAUCAUGGUAUUCUGAGUUUUAUAGUUAUGUUAUAAUUUAAUACAAAUGUAUUUGUCACAAUUGUGAUCUGAAUCAAAUUGUAUAACAUGAGGUCCAAUUACUAAUAAAAUUAGUAUGAAUUAAAUUCAAGUCUCCAAAGUUACUACUGCCUAUAGUAGUUUAAGUUAGAUACUCACAAGAGGUAACUAGGAAUAAUCCAUUGUUAAUGUGCAAGAACCAAAACCCUAAUCAUAAUUAAAGAAUGCAGAGCCUAGGAUGCCUUUGACAGAUUUCUGCAGUGGUAGCAUGAAAACUGGCGUUAAAAAAAGUACGGUAAACUUGUAAGCCUUUUUUUGUCACAUAAGUGAAACACGACACGGAGGUCAACAUGACAAUCUGGUGUGUACCCUCAGUUUGACUCAGUCUGAUUCCCCCUUUGAAAAAUCCUGGUUAUGCCCCUGUACAGGUUUAGAACAAUCCAGUUGGCUAGUUUGUCAUUUAGCCGGAAUCAAUUUGUGUUUGUUGAUUAAUUGUUAUAACUGAUAUUUUGAAGAGUAAGAAGACCUUGUGGAUUACAAUUUAGGCUAUUAUCAUGGCAUUGGUUCAAAAUCUGCAACUGACAAUCAUCAUAAACAAAAAUCAUCAAAAAUUGCUUCUUUUUUGAUAAAUAAAAUAAAGAAUGGAAUGGAAGGCUCCAUCGUCAUAACUACGUGAUGUUGAGUUCGCGCGCUAAGAAUGAUAGAAAAGUUCACACGUUUGGUUAUCUAGUCAAUUUCGUCCAGUUUUUAUCUGGAACAAAAGUUUGUCGGCCGUGCGUACGAAGAUUUGUUUGUUUUUUUUUUUUUUUUCGGCUAAAAUUUGUUAAGUCGCGACAAAUCAUCAACAAUUGUUAAGUGUUGGUGGUGAUAGAAAAUUGGUCCAAAUAAACAACUUUUUCGCAAGUGCAGAGAGGCCCCCAGUUCAGCCUAAGUGUAGCCGCACCCUCUCCCCCCCAAAGGUGAAACGGAGGCGAGGGAGCCUGGCUACACGUGGGCUACCCCUAGUGGCAAAAAGAACCCAAGAAAUUCAUUAAUGCUGGCUUCACGGGAAUAGAAUGCGAAUGAAUAACGAGACAUAAAGUAAAGCGUUAUAGAUCUCUCGUAGCUUCUAAAGCCACAAUGGAUCAACUGGCCAAUGAAUUAAUUUGCCAUCGAAGACGCCAGCCACUAGCUUUACGAAAGUCGCGUGAUGUACUGCAGAAAACGAAAUUUCUUUUUUUAUGUGCCAUCUAUUUUUUGUCCUGCUGUACGAGGUCCAGACGGGUUGUCUAGUUGCCCCACCUAUAUCAAGUUAACGUGCUCCAGAUAAAACAUAUAUAUAGACAGGAGGGUUACCCCACUUAGGCGGGUUACCUCACCCUCUGGGGGUGCCCCUACUCCAUGUAAACAGGCCCAAAAAGAGCGAAAAAGUUAGCGUUGCGAUAGUAGCGGCUGAGCAAAAACGAGAGAGGCUUGGGUCGGGGUGCGACCCCUCCCAUUUUUACUCCCCUCCCGGCUACCUUCAGUAUCGUAUGGGGUCAUAUGGGGGACAAAAUUGGUAUCCCUUGUUCGUGCCGUCGAGUCAUUUGUUCGUGUCGUUGAGUCAUACUUCUGCGAAAGUUCUCAUUUCCUGUCCUCUAAACCUCCCUCGUCAUGUUGCCGGAUGAAUUUUCUGAUUCACGUGCUAUCUUUGUGGCGUGUCUCAUGUCGCUUUCUCCUAAAAAUUCGAGUCGCGUCACAUUUUGUGGCGUUGAAACAUAAUUCAUGUCGUAACGGUCAGUGGUAACCACGUUUUUAAUCGUCACGUGGUAUAUCGUCUCUUUCUUUAGAAAGGCGAGCGUGUUCGAUGACGUUCUUGACCUCUUGGUAGAAGCAAACAGUUAUCUGCAUUUGAAAGAUAGAAAUAAACAAAGUGCUGAGUGUUCUUUAACCUUGCCAUUAGUACAUUCUGGCGAAGUAGGAAGACUUGCCUUCGAGGUACCACGAGGGAAUUUGAAACUGUACUUAUGCUACGGUUUUUCAUUUUAAAAAAGUGUCGCAAUGUUGGGCACAAGCAGGAAAAUAAUCUGUAGACGAAUUCAGCUUUUUAAGGAGGAACCAAGGUAUACUUUUUUUUUUGAAGACUGUUCUGAUGACCUUGUAAAGAAAACCUUGCAAAAUUUUCCAAACUUCGGCAUUCGCAGAAUGAAAGGAUUCUUUCUUGAGGCUCCUCACUGCUUGGAACGGACCCUGUUAGUGUUUUGUUACGAACAAUCCAACUUAACACUGUCAAUCGUCGACACUACUUUGUCCAGGGCCCAUUAGCACCCAGGCAGUUGGAUGGAAACCACAAAUUAGUUGGGUGGGGGUUUGUCAUCCGUGGCUGUGUUGAUUGAUCUUCUCGAAGAACAAUGUUUUUAAAAGUGCAAUAAUAACAACAAGGAAUGUACAGUUCUUGCAUUGUUUUUGAAAGCUGUUUCAGGCAUUGGUCUUCCUUCAAGGGUGAGGGGAGAUCUGGCACUGAAACUGUUGAUGUGGCAUGGUUCAUGUUCUCACACAUCCACAGGGUGGACCAGGACGAGGAAGCUUUAUAGCGGGAAAGAGCCGUCACAAUCAGCAAGUAAUAGAAAGGUUUUUGAGAGGCCUUUUCCAUGGUUACACUUACCUGUUUCACCAUCCGACGACAUGACGAGGGGGUUUGGAAAUGAGGACUAUAGCUCUACCAAGUAUGACUCGACGACACGAACGAAUGGCUCGACGACACGAUCAAAGGGUACCAGGACAGAAAACGAGAACUUUAACGUCACGAAGUAUGACCCGACAACACGAACUAAGGAUACCAAUUUUGUCCCCGAUUUGACUCCAUAAUAUCGAGUCAUUUGACAUUGCUCUUCGUUUUACUAUCUAAACGAGACGUAACGCAUGGGACAGGUUCAGGCCUGGGACAGGUUAGUUUAGUCCCUCCUGCUGCUUUGUGGGGCUGUUUACGGAUUGAGUUCUUAUUGCUAAGUGUCAAAUUUGGCAUCGUUCCCAGUGUAAGCAAUAACAAGAGGCAUAGCAUGUGGCUGCAUGGGAAAGCCGACAGUGACAAAUUGUUUUGGUCACGUUCUUAUUAUUUUCAGUUGCUCGGCUCGUUGCCAGGGAGUUUAGUGUAUCUCGUGGCUUUUCCUUUGUAUGGAAGCAAGAUAUGAUGGUUACCUCCUUCCAGUCUUGAGUGAAAAUAAUAAUGAGCAGUGACUCUCUCAUGCGUUACUGGCAAAUCGACAGAGGUUGAACAUUAAAAUUUUCCAGGGAUAAAAGCUUUAUUUAUACUGGUCCUAGAUGUAAAUGCAAAACGGAAGUGUAAAUAUCAUAGACAUGAAGGUGAGUUGAUGCCAUUUUUCCCAGACGCUUAAAAGAGAAAAUUGCCUACGUCAAUGAAGAGCUCAAAGAUAUCGCCAUCGAGGGCUUUGGACGAAUACAUUUUAUUUAUUCGCAUUCUGUGGUACACGACUGGGAAACAGCUUUGCGUUGCUUCCACCAGAUUGUCGAGUCUUUAAAGAACGCGCACGCGAACCAUUACUUUGCCCUGUUGAACAGAACUUGCCUAUAGAACGGGCGGUAUUUCAUCUAUUCUUUUUUAAUUCAAGCAUAUUUUUCCCGUUAUUCGGUACGGCGGGCGCGGCACAAGUCUACUCGACGAAAAACACAGCAAAGCAAACCACGCGUUGCAAGUCAUGCGCAAGUCACGACCAAGUCUCAGGAUCCAGCGAUAAACUCCAGUAAAUGUAAUCAAAGAGUCUCGUCAAAUGUCACGGUACCGAAGUCAUAAAUAUCUGUUUGAACUUGAAGAGGCGCGAGAUAUAGAUGUAAACAGUGCAUCCUGUUGAUCAAUUGGUCCUUGUAUUCUUUAACUACCUAUGUGCGCUGAUUUAGCCAAAAUAUCGCUUUCAUUCACUCUGCGGAUUUUUUUUUCCUGGUGGAUCAAAUAGAGGUAAAUGUUAUUUUUUUUUGCCUUUACUUGAGAGCAUAUCUUAAAGCAGGCUUAAGUAAAUUUCGUGAUGUUUGCAAACUUUGAUCCUAACCACGGGACACCGGUUUCAUUGGAAAUUCACGUGCAGAUUUCUUUGGCAUAAAAACCAUUGUUGACAAAUUCGAUAUAGACAAAGUGAAAAACUCCGACGAAAUCGAAGUAUUCCCUUUUUUCAUUAGAAGUCUUCAGAAAUUUCGAGCUCCAGAGAACAUGAACCACAGCCUCAAUUUAUUAGAAAAAGAAGCCCUCCUAGAAAAGAACGGCGUGCCGAAUGGUCAUCAUGAAUGCACAGUCAUUCACUACAAUAAUAGUAGAGACAAUGUAAUCGGCAAGCCUGUCGCAAAUGGUGAUAGAGACACUAUCUCUGCCUCUUGCACAGUUAUCCAACGAUCGGAUGGAUCGGGUCAUUUCAGCAAGGGAAUACCCAUUUGGAGAGCAACUCUUUUGGUGGUAAAUUCUGCCCUUGGUGCUGGAAUUUUGAAUUUUCCUCAAGCCUAUGCACAAGCUGGAGGCAUUUUCACCACGCUGAUUAUUCAUAUGGUGCGUGUUAUAUUAUAUAGAAAUGAAAACAACGCUGAGCAAUUUCAACCACGAUCGCAGCAAUUGACCAAGAUUAGUUAUUGUGCUAAGUGCCCAUGACUAGGAUUUUUGCUGGUUGCUGUGACCGGUACUUAAAAAUGCAAUUUUUUUCUCCCCAUUUUCAUCAGAGCGUUCUAUAACGAUGCAAUUUGAAGGAAGUCAGAGUAGGAAAUAACAAACUGUAAUUUUUUCUUCUUGUCAAACAUUUUUUGAUUGCGUCAACAAUAUUGGGCCAAAAUAACGAAAGUUAAGGGGUUGGGAAUCAACUUGACGUAGAAUAACUCGGACUUAAAAAAUUGAAAUUCUCACUUCGGCUUAUCAUCCGAAAUUUCAUAAAAAUAAACCUAUUAUACACCAAACAGGCAAGAAGAUGACUGAAUAAAAUAAUAAAAUUUUCACUGGGUGACCCUAAAGGCCGGAACGGUGGAAUGAUGGAAUGGCGGAAAAUUACCCAAAAUCCUAACCGACGGAACUAUAAAUACGGUAUUUUCUCUUGGGUGGGGGAUAAGACCUGUAAACAAACCACUUGUACUAUGUCAACCAGGCGACAGAAAACGCAGAUUUUACAGAGCCAUUUACAUGGAACAAAACUCAACAUCAGAAACAAGCUUUGAAGAGACACUCCAAGUCGCGAUUACUCGUAAGGGGCUAUCCGAAUUAUCUGUUUGAAAGAAUCUUCAUGGGGUUUGAUUUCAAUGGUAGGAAAACAGCACUCCAGGAGAAAAACAAAGUGUGACUUACCACAUUGCCUUUUGUUUCACAAUAUAACCCAUCAGCAACCAGCCUUAAAAAGAUUUUAUUGAGCAACUGUCAAAUUAUUGCGAAGUAUCCUAAGCCUCAGGAGAUUUAUAAAGGGCUUCCAAUAGUUUCAUGUAAAAUGGGGAAAUCAUUUUUAAAAGGACGUGCUCAUUAGGGCAAAGGUCUAAAGGUCAGUUAAAAAUAACCUAAUCGUGAAAACAGCAAGAGUUCGCGUCGGCCUGUCAACCCACCCAACACCUCGACAAACACAGAAAAUCACAUCAAACAAACUGAACAGCCAACAACACAAUGUUACACAUUACGAGCAAAGAUGAUUUUUUGGGUAUUGAUUAAAUUUCCGCGGAAGUUGUGAUCAUGAGGGGAAAAAGGGUGAGGAAACAUUUCAUCUCACUCACAUACACGACCAGAAUUCCGUUGUGAUGUAGCAAAGGAAAAUACAGUAUUGAGCGGGAUGUGUGUGCUACCAUUCCGUCUUCAAAGUGACUAGCAUCUAAUUUCUUGUUACAAUAUCACCACUGAAUCACUCAUUGAUGUCAUGAGAAUAUACUGAGGAAAUGACUAUCAACUAAAGAAACUCUUGAUUGUUAGACAAAUUCUCCUUGUCAGCACCGUAGUAAAUGUACUGAGAACAGUAUGGAGAAUAUGAAAACUGAUGUCAGGGUGUGAAAUGUUACGGAUUUAGGGUGAUUCUCCGCCGUUCUGUCUCUCAGGACUUGGGGUAAUUUUCUGCCAUUCCGUCUUUUAGGAUGUAGGGUAAUUUUCCACCAUUCCGUCUUUUAGGAUCUGGGGUAAUUUUCUGCCGUCCUUUUUUUAGGAUUUAGGGUAAUUUUCCGCCACUUCGCCCUUCCGCCAUUUCAUCGAUCCUGCUUUUAGGGUCACUUGAUCCUCAUCACAUUCAUCAGUGUUACGAGGGUCUAUUUAAAAAACCGCAAAAAUUCGCAAAACAAUUCGACCGAAACUGAACGCGUGAAAUUACCGCCGCUUUUUCCCUCUUUUGAAGUAACACGCGAUACAGUGUUUCUUGAGGUCCUUCAGCUUCUACCGUUGCCGGCACGUGAGACAGGCUAAUAGUUCGAAAAAUGAUCAACUAAUUGCUCCACAUCGCAAGCGUUAGUCGAGACUUGGUUUGUCACGCAUUCCUCUCAAAAACUUUUGCGUUUCACGGCUAACGCUUACUUGCCGCUCAGAUCGAAGAGAAACCACAUCAGAUACCAAAUCCGAAAACUCUUGAGUAUUUUUGAUGAAAACCGAAAAUCAAAUGCUGAAAAACGGAAAAUCCGCAAACCGAAACGAACACCAAAGCCGAAAAACCGGAGUGCAUUGGCACAAAAGCCGCAAACCGAUGGCAAAAGCGCAAAACCGAAAAUCCCAAUGCCCCCCUUAAUUUCACACACUAACAUUGGUAUGCAUAUUCUGUAAACUUUUCACCAUUUCGUAUGGUACUGACACAGACAAUUUGCAUAUCAAUCAAAAGCUCCUUGAGUUAGUAAUUAUUUCCUGUUUAAUUGCGACCGUGAAGUGGUGAAGUCGUAAGGAUACUAUAGUCACUCUUUGGAGUCGAAUGAUUAACUGAUUCACAUAAAAACCGAUUGAAAAGUUUGUAAUCCAUCAAUAAUGAAUUUUAGGGCUACAUUAAAGCUUGCAAGAUGAUUUCACUUUACUUAGUAAAUUUCAUCAGACAUUGAAGUAGCAGCGUUGUCGCAUAAUCACGGUGGUUGCUCUUUUACAGUGCUUACUGGUGUUCAUUACGGGAGCAUUCCUGAUCCUAGCAUACUGCGCUGAAAACCAUGGCUCACAUAAUUUCCAAGAGAUAAUCGGAGCAGUCUUGGGACCGAGGGCAUGUGUUGCAACAGAGAUUGUAAUAACGUUGUAUAUGUUUGGUUGCACUGUGGCGUAUAUGAUUUUGAUUGGUGAUCAACUGGAGAAAGGUGAGUACCGGUAAAUUUAAUUUCAAAAGUAAUAAUGAUUGAAACAUUGAUCGACCACUCCCCCAACAGAGCUUUUAACUGACCAUUAAAAAAAUAUAUUGAAUAAAUAUUGUAAAUAAACAAAGAGUUAAAAGAUCCAAACUGGCUGGAAGCAGAUCAGUUGGCUCUAAAUUAACAAACAGCAGCCAAGGAGUCAAUAUCAGGCAACUGACAACAAAUCCAGUGAGCAGCAAGGACCAGAGGACUUGAACUUGGAACAACCUGAUAACAAGUCUAGCACCUUAAUGACUGCAUUCUCUAUUUUGUAUAUGUUUUUUUUAAUUAAUUUCCUGUCAUGUUAUUGUUAUGAUCAUAGUUCCAAAACAUGCUUUCUGUUCCUUCACUAGAGAGAGUUUUAGCCCAAGUUACUCUGUUAUAAUAUACCUGUGGUUCCCUGAGCCCAAUGUUUGAGUACAAAAUAAGAAUUGAAGAAUACACGUUCAGAGUCUGUUAAAGUUAUUUGUAGUAAUAGCAAAAUACAAUCUCAAGGUCACAUUUUCACAGGCUAUCGAAUUAUCUUUCCAUUUAUUCAGGUAAUGGUAAAAUUAGAAUGGUUGUAAUAGUGUUUAACUUGAUGGUAAAAAUUCUAGUAAAUAGUUCUUUUUGAAAUGUAAAGAGUUUUUCAUUUGAAGCACACCCCAAAGUGUGAACAGCUGCUUUCUGAUCAAGUACCUCUAUGUCCUUUGUAAUCAAAACUUUUUCCCUUUCAGUUGAAACACUAAGUACAACAAAAUAUAGGGCAUUCAUUCAAACUCUCUUCACUCUGAAAGAAAGUUGUAAUGGCACACAACAUUCAUUUUCCCUGGGAAAUCCAUAUGGGAAUUAGCCACACAUUAUAGUGUAGGUACUCAGAGAGUUGAUCAUACAUUUAUUUCAGUUGGAGAGGCCAUUGACUCUACCCCUGGCUGGUAUUUACGACGGAAAUUUCUUACUGGUGUCACAAGCCUUGUCUUUCUCUUGCCUCUUUGCCUACCAAAGACACUGAAGGUCCUCAGCUAUUCCAGGUGUGUUCCUUUGAUUAUAAAAACCAUGAUCUUUUAAGAAAUUAUCAUGUUGGGUGCUAUCAAGAUGAACCUAUGUCAUUGUGAUUUUUGUCAUCUGGAACUUAACACAGUGUCAUUAUAAUUUUUAGCUUACAUUUAUGCAGGAGCCCUUUGGAUUCUUUGUCCUUCUCACCUGCAGAUGUCCCCAUUUUCUUCCUAAUUUUAAUAUCGAUAUACAUUGUUCAUUUUUAGUUUUUGUGGAACAUUUGGGGCAUUUUUUGUUAGCAUGGUAACUGCCAUAAAAUACUUUGAAGGACAUCACACUGAUAGAAAGGAAUUUGAAGAGUAAGUGCAGUAAUUACAGUAAUUCACUCUUUACACCCUAACAUCAUUAUGCAUACUCUCCAUACUGUUCUCUUUACAUUUCCUAUGUUCUACUAAGGAGAAUUUGUAAAACCAUCAAAGUUUUGUUAGUUGCUGAUCAUUUCCUUUGUUCUUGUGAUUUAAACAUUUGAUUCAAGGGAUAGAUUGUAAAGAGAAAUUAGAACCUUGUCACUCUUAGGUGUUAAAGGGUUAUUAGGGAAAAAUCAUACAAUGGCCUUAUGGUCAGUGCACUGGACUCUGGGUCCAGAGGUCUGGGAUCAAGACCCAGGCACUUUACUGUAACAGUGCCUCUCUCUCUCUCCACUCAGGAGUGUUAAUGGGUACUGUCAAAUUGUCAGGAAAGCCUGUUGAAAUGCUGGGGGUACCCUUGCAAUGGAGUAGCAUCCCAUCCUGGGGGAAAGUAGUAAUACUCUGUCACUUCAUGCUACUUAGAGACUGUGAAAAGCUUCAGGGUGGGUUAACCCUUUAACUACCAAGAUCUGAUUGUUAAUUCUCCCCUCCACUGGCUUAACAUUUCCUUGUAAUUUAGCCAUGAGAACUUGGUGCUAGAUCAGGAUAACAGCUUCUACUGGAUAAGUUUGAAUAUUCUCAUUACCUUUUCGCUGAUAAAUGUAUGGAUAUUAUAGGGAGAAGUUUCAUAUUGAUCACUUCUGGGAGUUAAAGGGUUUAUAGGCUAGAGUGUAGACUCUACCCUUUGCAGUAAUUAUGAAAAACAUUUAAAUUGAUAAUGGAGACAAAAUCAGUACUAAUAGACUCUGUAAGUUAAACAUAUUUCUUUGUAUUUAUUGGUUUGACUUACAAGAUUUGCAAAUAUUUUACAAGUUGCAUGGUGUUUAUUAUUACCCUGGUUCUUCUUAGAAAGUGCAACUAAAUUCCCAGACCCAGAAUACAAGAUUGUUAGUGGGUACCUUCCUACAGCUGUACCUUCACAUUGACCACAGAGCAACACUCAUUUUGUUUAGUUUUGUUUUUUCUUCUAGCUGCUAAAUAAUUAUAAUAAGGGUGCUAUCCUUGCAAGUCCCUGAAAUGUCUUUAGUUUGAUUGAAUGAAGUGGGAAGAUGAAUGACAUGCCAUGCUAUGAACAUGUUUUAGUGAUUGUUUCCUUUUUGAUCCAGUAUAGGCAUAUGCUAUUGGUCUGUUUUCUGUCUUUUCCAGUCAUAUUUGCUUUGUCACAAAUGGUCAAACUAGGAGACUACAUUGUGAGAUGGACAUAUAUUCUGGACAUUCUCUUGAACUUUCUUAGUGAAAUAACAUCACAUCACAAUUGUAAUUUAUACCUCUUUGUUAGAAAGAAUAUAUUGUUAGUGACAAGAUUUUAAUUUUGUUGUCAUAUCUUAGGAUUGAGCUGCCUUGGACAACCACAUUUUCUUCAGUUCCCAUUAUUUGUUUUGCUUUUCAGGUUUGUAUUGACCUAAGAAAUCUUCUUAUCAUCAUGAGUUUUGUUUAUUACUAACAGUAACAAAUUGCAGGGAAGGUGCAUGCAGUAUGAAAGUGCAAAAUACUGAGCCCUUCUGAUACAUCUGGAUUGGGAAAAACAGUCUUGCCAUCUCCUCGGGCCAAGUUAUGCAAUAAGGAAGGACUUCAAUUAUUGCUAAUCAUAAAUGCAAAUUAUACAACUUUUCUGUCCCAAGAGCAUGCAACCUUCCUUUACCAGUGUUUAGAGAAGAACAAUCAGUAAAUGGUUUCUGCAGAAAAUGUCGGGGUUGAAGAACAAUAUACAGUUACUACAACAUCUAUUUUGGAGGAAAAUAGCAACAUUGUGAUUUUGCUUGUCAUUUAUCACCAUGUUCCAUUGUUACUCGCUUUGAAGAUGAAAUACCUCUACACAGAUUAACAUAUGGGCAGUCUGCAGCCUUCCUCUAUAUCUAGGCAGUUUGGAAAGCCACAAAACUCGAGAAAAAAUAUUUAACUUUUAAAUCAGCACUCCUAUAAUCCUUAAGAUAUCCACAAAUGCUUUUCGUCUCAUUAAUUAUCUUGUAACACCUUACACAAUCAAUGGCAAACCAUCAACUGACUAUUCACAGUCUGAGAACCUCACCCCAAAAAAUAAUAUUCUGUGCAUUAUUAGCACACAGUUCUUGAUAUUUGCAAUCACUACUGUUUCUAAUGUGGUCUAUCCAAUGUUUUUAGUGUCAUGUACAGUCAGUGGCUGUUUAUGCAGAACUGAAAAGAGCAAGUGUACCCAGAUUUGGCAUUGUUGUUGUCAUAGCAAUGACAAUUUGUUCCACUGUGUACAUCAUCACUGGAACAUUUGGUUACCUUACAUUUGGCACAAAUGUUGAAAGUGAUGUGCUGAAGAGUUAUCCAUCUAAUGACAUUCUAGUGAAUAUAGCAAGGGUCACAAUGUGUCUCAUAGUUUUAACAUCAGCAGCAGUGGUUGUUUUCUGUGGAAGGUAAGAUAGUGUACUACCAAUAUUUUUUGCAGUUAUUUUUUGAUCAUUAACCAUUUACAAUGUAACAUCAGUAUUUAUAUUAUCUACACUUCUCUCUACACAAUUCCUGAGUUGCUGAGACGGAGAAUUUAUGCAAUAAUCAUGGGUUUCAUUAGUUGGUGAUUAUUUUCUUUAUUCUGUCCAGCUUAGUGUUUGAUUAAGGGGUGAUAUUGUGAGGAGAAAUUACAGUGUAGAUGUCGAACAUUAUUAGGGGUUUCAGAGUCAAUACUUCUAACAAACCAAGUUCACAAUCAAAUACUGACAGUUACCAUAACAACAACAAUAAAAAAAAAAAGUUAUCAAAAGUACAGGUAAAUUUACAAAAUCGCAAAAGUUAAAAUUGGUGAAAUUUCCCUGGUACUCAGUUGUGAGGAUGUUUACAAUAAAGUUUGGAUAUAACGCAAGCUGUCAUUGAUUGAAAGCCUGCUCCAUCAGAGUAUAGAGCAUGUUUAUUGAUGAUGCUGUUGUUUGCUUUGGAAGUAAAGUUUGUUUUGAAAAUUGAAAAUAAUGCGUGGGGAAUUUAACAGAUUAGUUACUAUAAAACAAAUAGAGAAGCCUUGGCUGUGCUCUGUUCUGUCGCAAAGCACACAGGAAGCAGUUAGAGCGUGAAAGAAGUGUUGGGAAAAAAACAAGACAUAGUUGAGUUUUUCCCCACUUCUUGAGUGGGGAGUUUGAGCAGGCUUCUCUAUUUGUUAAAUAUAGUACAUAUUCCAAGAAUUUUAAAAUUUUUACAAAGCUCAAUUUUAACAACAUUUCAUUUCUGUUACUUACAGGAGCAGUUUGGAUGGCUUGUAUGUGGCAGCCUUCAGUGUGCCUCCCACAAAAGCAGGAAAAGAUGAAAAACAACGGAGAAUCAUUGAAAUACUACUUUGGUUUGGGUUAUCCCUUAUAAUUUCUUUAUGUGUGCAAGAUGUAUUGUAUGCCAUAACAUUUGUUGGAGGACUAGCAGCCUUGUUCAUUUUCUUUUAUCCGGGUAAGCAAACACUCCAUGCAAAGAGAAAAUGUUCUAUCCUAAGAAGCUGAAUUCUACACCCAAGAUGCAUUUUGAUUGGCUCUUCCUCAUGACCUAUCAGGGGACUUAUGCAUAGAUGUUGUUACUACUGACAAGUUUUGCUUCUUUGUUAUAUAAAGCCAACAGAUUCCAUAUUGGCAUGCUCCUGUUCAGUAGUAGAUCACAGAUGUCAAAUUGUGGUAAGAUCAGACUGUGCCUCAUGUUGCACUUCUUUGUUCUUACUGCAUUUUGACCUCAUAAGUGAUCUUUUACUGAAUAGAUGCAUGGUAACAUGGUAUCUAUUUGUGAAAUGGUGAAGACUUAGCGAAUCUUGCAGACAUUAUAAAGAAAUAUUACAAAUUUUGAGUGGAUAAUGUCUUAAUACAAAAUUGCCAUAAAUACAACAAAUCCUCCUUGCACGGUUGGGUAGCACAUGCAAAAACACCAACAUAAUUUUAGCCUUACAUGAAUCAUGACCUCAAAUUUCUUCACUUGCAAUGUCUAGUGUCUUACACAAAUUCAUCUUCUUUUUUCCUGUUUUUUUUUUUUUGGUUCAGGGAUGUGCCUUGUUCAAGAGAUGCUACAAUAUCCAGUUCUCACCUUGACAAGAAAACUAUUGAUUAGUCUUGGUGCCUGCUAUGUUGUUAUUGGAGUGUUCUUAUUUGCCGACUCUGAAGUGUUUGCCAUAUUGGAAGACAUAAAAGGAAAAGUUGGGUCUUAGUCCCACCUGGAAUCUAACCCAAAAUCAAAGAAGGGAGUUCACUGACUGCUUUCAAUGGAUGGCUGCUUUUUCACUUUCUUCCUUUCUGCUUUCAGCUGGCAUGUUUUAGGGUGCUACAUCUAAUUCUAGUCCUGCUCAUGUUAUGAUGUUAUGGCAUAUGGCUCUCAUAGGGGGAUGUUUUUAUUUAAUGACACUUUUCAAUAUGAGUAAAGCCACCAUCGGGCCACACACAUCUUGUGUAAAUGAUGAUUGCACUGGUAUUCUAAUUAGAAAUGAUGGGAAGACCAUGUUGUCUACAAUACUUUUGGAAAUAAUCAAAGAUUAAAUUCUCAAUCACAUGGCAAUAUUUAGCAACAUAGAAUUUCCACAUCUGGAUUCAGUGUGGCUCAAGCCACUGAAAUUUAGUCUGCCAAGAUUCUAAAGUUGUUCACAAAAUUAAAUUUGUUAAAUAUUGUAUCAUCUUUUACAUCAAUACAAGAGUGGUUAUAUGUUAACAUUCACAAGCUAAAAUAUUGGAGCCUUUUUCACAAAAUUCUACAUGUUAAAAGUGAUCUUCUGUUUCAAGAAACUUUGAUAAAAGAAGGCUUUUCUAUGUAAAUAUUACAUUUGACCCAGUCACUCUCCAAUUUAAAAGUGUGUUUUUAUUCAAAAAGUAAUUUCAAAUAAUAUUUUGGAAAGAACCUCUUCAACAGCAGUAAUCAUUUAUCUUAACUGACAUUUUUAUUUACUAUUGGCAGUAAACAAGGACCAAGAUACAAUGGAUUGGGUGAGCUUUGUAAAAACACAUUGACCAUUGACCAUGAAUAUAUGAAAUCAUAUGUGUGAACUGCAGUUUAAGAAAUGAAUAUGAAAGCAAUCUUCAUGAAAGAUACUGUUUCAGUACUGCGAAGAUCGCUUUCAUGUAAAGAAUGACCAUGUCAUCCAUAAACAGUCGUGUAUAUUUUAUUUAUUAUUAUUAUUAUUUUUUUGAUGAGGGGCAAUAUAUUUGUUCAGUGUUUAGAGAGGAAAAUAAUGAGUUAUUUUUUUUUAAGUUAUUGUAGAACAAUAAAGUAAAUAUUAUUGUUAACUAUAGCUAAAUAGCUCAUUUCAAAACAAUUGGUGGUAAGAUACCCAUGAGUGAACCUAGGUUGAUGCUAUUAAAUUUAUUAAAUUGUGAUUGUAAAGAAGGAGUUGAUGAAAUUUAACCCUUUCACUCCCAGGAUUGACCAACAGUGAAUUUCUCCUUUUCAUAUCUAUACAUUUUCCAUGAGAAAGGUGAUGAGAAGAAGGAAAAUUUCAAUAAAGGCUUAUAAUUUGAUUUCACAAAAAAUAAUCAGAUCUGAAACAUAAAAAAUGUAUCGCAGAUAAUGUGGAGAAUUGAAAUUAGAUCUUGGGAGUGAAAGGAUGAAUUUUCUUAGAACUACUUUAACCUUACAAACUAAUUGCAAAUUUAAGAUGCCAAUCCUGUUUCAUGCUGAUGGCUAGUUGGGAGAAAAUGUAUUUGUUUAUGAGUAGUUUGAGGGCAGAGUCCCAGAGCAAAGCUGUAUUUAGAGAUUUGAACACUGUUUAUGUCAUUUCUAUGACCAAUAGAAGUAGUGUAGUAAAAAUAGAAAAUUGAGGUCAAUUUGUUGGUGAUGUUGUGGUCUAUGAAAUUUUACCCUCAAAGAAGCAAGGCAUUUCAGUACCACAUCCUCAACUUUAAAUCAUCAAAGAUUGAAAAAGUGAGACAUGUUGACAUGUCUCUUGUAGAGGUAUUAAUAUAUCUAACUUGUUCCUUAAUCAACCUCCAUGCAAACCAAAAUGUAGUUGUGAGCUCGCAAUAAAGUAAGAUUUGUAAGUCUUUUUAAACCUUCAACUCCCCAAGUGACCAAGAAGGAAUUUCUCCUUACGAUAUUGAAACAAUAUUAAGCAGAAAAGUAAAAGGAAUAAAGAAUAAUAUGAAUUAGGGAAUUCUUAAUUGAUUCAAUACCAAAUUAUCUGAACUAAUCUUGUAAGUUAGAAUUGCAUGGUAAACAGUAGGAAGACUUACCCCUGAGAUCUUGUGGGUUAGAGGGUUUAAAGCCAGUAAGUAAAAAUUAGAUUCUAAAAGAAAACUCAGAUCAAUGUCUAGAAUAAGUUUAGUGUCUAUAUUAAUGAAUAAUGAUCAAUUUAAAUAACAGUACAUAAGAUAUUCACAAAAAAAUUUACUUCAAGAUUUGUAAAUUCCACUUUUGGGUGC